AUGGCUACUGUAAACCGGUUUUGUACCGUAGUGCUUAAGAACCAACCAAAUACAGAGUUUCUAAUCUCCGUAAGCACGGCCCUAAUUCCCCCUGCAAGAAGACCCACGGGCGAGCACUUCUGCGUACUACCACAGUACAUUAUCAUAGACCUCCGCCCAAUUACAGUGCCAUGGGAAGUAUUCAUGCAUCUCUUGGAGAAGACCGUGACGCUGUUUCCUGUUUUUGGUGAUACCAUUGUACGCGUUCGAGCAAGCCAACGCAGCGUGAGCCAAUCCUUGAACGUUGGCCGCGUACCGUGUACCGACUCCAAGAUGGGACUUGCUUGCCAGAGAUGCAAGUACAAGAAAAUCAAGUGUGACAGGGGCGAACCAAUCUGUCGCCAGUGUACCAUCGCAAAAGCAGACUGCCAUUACGCGGAACGUAGAAAAAGACCUCGACUCGCACAACCAAAAGUUGCUGUUCAUCGUUUGACGCAUCGAUUGGAAGCGCUUGAGAAGAAACUCCAUAGCAGCAACGAAGGAGCCUCGCCACCUUUGUCCUCGUUCUUAUCCUCACCGUCACAUGUAGUUCGGUCUGAAGCAGCUCGAUCUGAAGCAUCUCGGUCAACCUCCUUGAUCCCUUCUCCUGAAGCUUCUUUGACAGCGGCUGAUGGCCAAGAAUCAUGGAUAUAUCAACUUGCAACGAAAACCAAACGCAACUUUGAGAAUCAAACCACGCCCGUCACCACUCCAAGACCGCAAAUUGACAACGCAAUAUCGCUGCUCAAUGAUGCGUUGGAAGACCUUGGAAAGCUUCGAGUGCGCCAUGGUACCGCUGACGUGGAAUUGAAUCUCUCGGUAGCAGAGACCAAGGCAUGCAUAGAAGCUUUCAUUCAAAUGUCAAACUAUAUAGUCGUGCCGGAUGUAUUCGCUCUGGCGAUUGAUGUCAAGUUCUUGAUGACGCUUCCAGACAUCAUCGACUCACCUUACGUUAGCAUCAAGCCAGGCGUACGAGGAAUGUACUAUGCAGCGUUAUACUUUGGCCUGCGACACCGUUACGGCCCGGGCGACGUACUGACUAGCAAGGCAUAUCUGAAAAUCCUUGGCACGGUGCCUGCGUGGCUAGAUGCUUCGACUGAUAGCGAGCUAGACGGCCACAUGGCAGCUUUGAUAACUUGGACUUGCAUCAACAAUCACGACUACCAACUGUCGUGGAAGUUUCAUUGCAAGGCUUGCCAGUUUGUGAAGAUGAGAGGCAUCGAUGAACUUGAUACCGUGCCGGCGAAGACGCUCGAGGGGGAAAACGAGAGAGAUGUGCUACGCUUCCUGUAUUGGCACGUCUUAUGUGUCGACUCACUAUUUCGCCUGUUUUAUGGGAAACCCACAGUUAUGCGGUGGUCACCAAACAAGGUGAGACCACCAGCUGUACUGCGUACGAACAACUUGCAGCCGUCCAUGUGGAUGACCACGAUUACUGUCGUCUGGAUUCGCUACACAAACCUGACAGCUGAGACGAUCAACUGGAUAGACGAGAACGCGCCGCACAAGGAUAUCGAUGCAUUGAGCCGAAGAGUGGAUGCACUAUGUGUCCAACUUGAAGACAUUAUGAAAGAGUGGGGCUAUGAACGACUUCUCAAUGCCCCAGAGACGACGGGUGAUUUCCGCUGCCUGCUCGCGGAUCAUAUUAUGACCAUCAACGCCAUCAUCAUCGGCAUGCAACGCAUAGUCAUGAAGGAACAACCAGAACGUACCGUGGACACAAUGACCGUUCGUGCUGCCCGCAACAUCAUUCGCAUCAUCCUCGAAUUCCACACAGACCGAAGCCUCCAAGGGACACCACAGACAAUAUUCGACCACUUCAUAACCUUCUACCCCUUCACAGCCGCCUUCUCCCUCUACGAAUACAUACUCGCCUGCACCCACCCCCAAGACUGCGAAUCCGACAUCCAAUCCCUCGAAGCCAUCGGCACCGCCAUGACCGAAGCCAGCACCAACCGCCACACAAUCUCCCCCUUCUCAAACACCAUCAACGCGCUGAACAAAGUCUCCCGCAGCCUGCAAGACGAACGCUAUAGACAGCGUCGCACGCACAGUGGCCAGCAGGGUGGCCGGCAGGAUUGCGAGGUGGGAUUGUCGCUGCCCCCGAAUAGCUUCGAUACGUUUCAGAAUCUCAUGGCGAGGGAUGCGCAGUUCAAUGCGUCGGUGUUUGAGUCGAUGCCUGGGUUGAAUGGGUGUGUGGAGGGUGGGUUUCAGCCGCAGGGGUUUGUGAGGGCGUUGGAGCAUGAUUUCUUGGGGCGGAAUUGGAGGGAUGGGUGGUGGGAUGUUGAUGGGGUUGCGGGUGCUGGUGCGGGGUUGGAUGUUGGGGUGGAGAGGUGUGGAAUCUUGCUACAAUUUUCCCUUUGCUACGCCCUUGUCUUCAAAGGACGCAAAGAAGUCAAAACUGCGGAUGCAGAGACCAUGCAAAUACACGCCCUCUACAUGUAG